AUGGUGCCUUAAAUAUUAGCAAGGUUUUUGAACAUUGCAAGUUUCAUAAUUUUUAUCCAAUUUAGAUUUAUUUAUUCUGAUCAAGUCCUUUCAAGUUGUGCUGCUGGAAAUUAUCUUGAUCCCUUCACUCUAUCAUGUACAUAAUGUCCUGAUGGCUAUACAUAAAAUGCAGGGGUUAAUGUAAAAUGCUAUUGUAAUGGUCAACUCAAAUCUAGUAGCGAUUAUCCAUAAGUUGGUGGAUUUACUUGUACCUAAAGUAGUACACAAGCAAACGGCUGCUAUGUUUCUUUUGGCAUUCAAGGAGAUACAUAAAAUGAUAAUUAAUGCUCUUUAGUCAGGACUACUGCUAUUUAAAAUUCCUGGUAUCAAAGAAAUAUUUUUAAUGGGUUUGAACUAUAUUUGAAAUUCUAAGCUUAUUUGCCUGCAACUUAAACAUAUAAAACACCAAAGCUGUAUAGUCUUCCUAAUGUUAAUUAAAGAUUUAAUUACAAUUCUGGUAAUUCUACAAAUGCAUUUGAAUCUUAGUUUAUGGUCUAUCAUCUAGAUUAAGCAUAUUAUUGGAUGGAUACAUAUAAUUACCACUAAAAGUUAGCUAAUUUAUGCGCACUAACUGCUUAUAAUCAGAUUUAAAAAAUGCCAUGUGAGAUUUAUGGAACUUUGCUAACUCAAAAAUUAGCUAGUUCUACAGUUAAGAGCUUCUUUACAUAUAAUAUUGUUUUAGAUAGUAGCUAUUUGAAUGUUUUUUCUACAACUUAUUAAGUACACCCUAUGAGACUUCCAGGAAAGCAAACCGGUGAUUCAACAAGAUUACCCUACAUAAAUUUUAAACUUCUAACCUUUGAUUUAGAUGGAAAUUUAAUAGAUAUGGAUGUUGCAUCACCAAAUACAUUUGCUAGUUUAGAUAAUUAGCUUUUUUUGUGCCCGAGUACUGACACUGAUGGGUAGAAUUUUAAAGAAUUCGGUACUGAUUUUACGUUAAAUUGUUAAUUAAAUGCUGCUUAGUUUUAGAGUGAUAGAAGUUAAAGCGUUUUCUAUGAAUUACUUAUUGAAACAAAUAACUCAGGGACCUUUUUAAGAGUUCCUGUUUAAAUUUAAGGGAGUGAUAAAUACUAUUCAAGAUUCUUUUUGGUUGAUAAUAUAUCUGGAUUUUAUACUGAAUAAGAAGGCUCAGCAAACUCAAAUUAUCUUAAUUAAGAUGCUCUUCCUUAAACUUUCUUUGUGGCGACUAAUAUGUAAAUGAAUAUAAAAAUUUAGACUUCGAACAAUUAAAUAAAUAUGCCUGUCUUAAUAAUAACAUAUUAAACUAUAUAACAAUCUGAUCUCCCUAAAACACUCAAUAUAUCAUUUGUAGCUAAAUAUUAGCAAGAUAGUUCAUAAUUUACAAAUGCAGCAUAUCCAAUAUUUUAUGUUUUUGCUGCUCUCACAGGCAUCAUUUGGAUAUUUAAAUUUAAUAUAUGGUCUAAAUAUAACCCUUAAUCUUAAAAUGUUUCUCCAGAAACUUUCUUUGCCCUUUGGGUUACAAAUGGCUUGCAUAUUUUAAUAGAUAUAUGGGCUGAUUUUUCAUUUUAUUAUCUAUUCUUCAUGACAGGUUACUGGUUUGUGACAUAUAAAUUACAAGAAACGCUUUAUACUUUGAUGAUCAAUCCUACUACAGAAUCAGAUCUCUUUAAUGCUUUCAAAAUUUUUAUUAUAAUCUAGUUUUCUUUCAAAACAGCUUCAUUUAUGAAAUUUAUUUAUCAUUAGCUGUAAACAGAUGUUCUUUUCUUAGAUUGGGAAAAUUAAAAAUAAUUUGAAGAUGAAGAUUAAGAAGAUGAAAAGAAGAGAGGACUUUCGAUUUGGAGAACUUUGUUUGUUGCUAAUGAAUUUAAUGAACUUUCAGUUGAAAGAGUAACAUCUUUUGAAUGGACUUUAUUUUGGUUAGGAUUUUUUUUAACUGGUUUAUCAUGGGAUAAUCUAGGUUAGGAAGUACCAUUUUUAACUACUGAAGAAAAAGACUAUGUAAAUACGAAUUAAGCUCUUCGUUACUUCGUAGCUGCUCUGUUAUAUGUUGUAAUUGUACUUUUACAAAUUAUUGUAAAAAAGCUAUUUAUUAUUUGGAAUCCUACUCCUAUUUAAGAUUUCACUGAUCUUUGUACAAUAGCUAACAUAUCUAUAUUCAUCAUGGAUGAGCAAUUGCAUGGAUACUAUGUUCAUGGAAAAGCUCCAAGCGGUAUUUCAGAAGGUAAUACUUAAUGGCUUAAAGAAGCAAUAGAAAAAGAAGCAAGUUCAGCUGCUCAUAGAGGUCUUGUUAAAGGAGAACAUGUUUAAACUUUCGAAACUUACAUACCCAUUUCAUUAAGAUUUGAAUAUAUGACUGAAUAUAAAAUAAAAUUUGAUUAAUUGAGUGCUAUGUUUAAUCAAGAUCAAUGGAUAUUUGCUAAGACUGUAGUCAGAGAAAUGGUUUAAGAAAUAGAAAAGCAACAAUUUAGAAAUCAUAUGAUAAAUGUUAUAAAAACCUAUAUCAAAGAAGUUUAAAUACAUAGUCAAAAUCACAUCCUAAAUAAAUCAUUUAUAAAUCGUCUGUUAAAUCUUCCACCCUCUGAUCCAAUUCCUUAUGAUCUUCCCUUCUUCUACAGAGACCCAGAUAUGAACUAUUGCAAAAUAUUUUAUUAUGGUAAUGAAUGGUUUCUUGUAAUGUAUGAAAUGAUUACUUUCUUAUUCUUUAAUUAUUUCUCAAGCAGCCCUCUUGUAGCUAUUUUGAUUACAUUCUUAUUCAACAGAAUAUUCAGUUGGCUGAGAGAUGUUUUUGGUAGGAGAAAUAUCUCUAGUAAAACAAUGAUAGAUUAGAGAUUCCUCAUUUGA